AUGGACAUAAAUGCCGGUGAAAUGAAGCUCGGCGAGGGUACUGACAAAAAGCGAACGCGUCUCAUUGACCACCUCGCGGCUUCGCUAAAGAAGGCGGUCCCAGGUUCGCACGCGUAUACUUUGUACAUGCUUUCUACCAGGUUGACACCCGUCGAACCUUUGAUAUCUUCAAAAACUUGGGAAAAUGUCGAAGUAAGAGCAACAGACUCAACCCUCCUCAGUCGUAAAGUGCUGAUACUUGCAGCUGAAAAGAUUUUUACGUCGGGAUCUGAGAAAGAGGUUUUAGUUGCGGGCGUAGAGAUUCAUGAAUAUCAUGAUCCUGCCGAUGAGUCAUUAGUUGCUUACAUAUCAAAAGUCGAUACAACGGGUUGCCAUUCUGGCUCAGUUACGCCAACCAGACAUAUAGUAUCCGCCUACUUGAAUUUCUACUCAAAUUUCGAUAAGAGAAAUAACGAGAAUUCACCGAACCGUAGAGCUUUUAGACUUCAUCUCUUUGCGCGGUCUCAACCGCAAUACUUAUUUCACCUUUCAUCAAAAAAUCCAACGAAACAUAUAUUGGAGUGUUCGAAAUUGGUGAGAUGGUGGAAGGGCGUUCUUCAACAAACUUUCUUUGAUGCGCAAGUCAAAAAUGUGAACGAUAUACGAGGAUGGUUUUUUAUACCCGGCGUAACCAAUGAACGAAGUGCACGGACUCUAAUCAAUGACGUGGUGUCCGGUGAAGCUGAAGAACGCGAAAGUCAGUUUUGGCAGUAUGGAUACCCCUACUCGAAUAUACAAAGAGCAAUUGACGUGAUCCCAAAAUUCGAGGAUGACGCCAAGUCGAGAUGGCUGAGGCAUAUCGGAGAUUCUCCGACGGUGAAGGAAUUUUGGGAGCUGGUGUCACACGGAGGCGAAUUUGCUGGUAGUCAGUUCGCUGGAUUUUUCUGGAUAUACGCGAGGUUGAAUGAUCGUCAACAGAUGACCUCAGAGAACUCCGGAGAUCAAAAAAGCCAUUUUGAAAAUUUGAUCGAAAAGAUUGGUGGCCUAAUAGUCGAUGUCCCUACGUAUAAAAAAGCACUCGGGAAAUUGCUAGAUCAGAGCUUCCAAUCCGAGGAUGCGGCUAUAGAGUCAACGCUAGCUUGGAACCGUUAUUUCGCAAAUUUACAUGAUGACGAGACAUUAAUGGAUGGUGCAAUUAAUAUUGUGAUAGAAAAUCCCACGGUGAAAAAGGAGGUUAAACGCGAGAAGGUCAAUGUUAUCCCGGUUAAUAAUCUGCAAAUGUCGAUUAAGAGAAAAAUGACUCCGUCAUCAAUUCCACCUCCGCUCAUAAAGAGAGUGAAAGAUAGUUGA